AUGGUCGAGUUUCUGCAGAAGCGAGCGCGCGUACUUGAGACGAUUUCUAUCAACCGACCGCAGCAUGUUAAUCCCAAGUCCGUUAAUCAUCCUUCAGCUCCGAAGAAAUCAAACCAGCCCCGAUUCAGUGCAAAUGCAGCAACUGAAAUUGUAGCAAAAUCGUUCCCGAUGUGCCCUGCUUGUGAGAGGCAGAAGCAUUCCAUUUUCGAUUGCUCCGUUUUCAACGGUCUCGACUCGAAAGGUCGUAUGAAGGUGGUUACGGACAAGAAACUUUGCAGCAACUGCUUCCGUAGUGAUCACUUUGCCCGCAACUGUCGCUCGAAGUAUUCAUGCAAGCAUUGCUCGAAGCGACAUCAUUCGAUGAUCCAUCCGGGGCCAUACGAGCUCAACUUGCCAACCACCGAUGAAAAUGCAGUAUCUGGACUUGCCAAUCCAGGUUCUUCCACUAUGCUUGCCGCCGUUUCCGCUGUUCCCGUCAACGAACCCCCGUCCUCGAUGGCAGUAGCUCAAUCAACCAGUGUUCUCCUGACCACCGUAGUCUUGCUGGUAGUAGAUGCGUACGGUCAAGAGCACAUCGCCCGUGUCUUGUUGGAUACUGGAUCCCAACCGAAUGCGAUUAGCGAGCGUCUUUGUCAGCAACUUCACCUUAACCGUAGGUCUGUUAACGUGCCGAUCGCUGGCGUAGAUGGGACCGUUACGAACGCCAAGCAUGAAGUAACUGCCGAGGUUCGAUCACGUGUGUCCGACUUUCGUGAGGUGAUUGAUUUCCUGGUAUUGCGGAAAGUGACCAGCGACACUCCAUCCGUACCGUUCAACGCAUCUGAACUGAAGCUUCCCAACGAUCUUCCACUGGCGGAUCCCGACUUUGGCACACCUCGUAGGGUGGACAUGAUCAUUGGAGCUGCUCACUUCUUUUCCUUUUUGCGGAAUGGACGGUUCCGCCUCCCAAGUCUCCUAUUCGUCGAAACCGUGUUUGGGUGGAUUGCCUCUGGAAAGAUCGAUGAGUCCAGCGGUAAUUACCAGCAGCCAAUAGCAACUUGUCAUGUGGCGACAGUUGUACCGGUUGAUGAACUGCUGCAGCGAUUUUGGCAGAUCGAGGAAGUAAACGGCUCAAAUUACUCCGUAGACGAGCAGAAUUGCGAGGAUUUCUAUCAGCAGACAGUUUCCCGAGAUCCUACCGGACGAUAUAUCGUUCGGAUGCCCAAACAUCCCCAAUGUGACCAGAUGAUUGGGGAAUCCAGAGCCAUGGCAAUGCGGCGUCUACAGUGGUUGGACAAGAGGCUGCAAAAGGAUGAUGAAAUGAAGGCUCAGUAUUACGCGUUCAUGGAAGAAUACAUCAGUCUCGGCCAUAUGGUUCUCGCUCCCCAUGACGAUAAUAAUGGAUCAACCAAUUGCUACCUCCCGCACCAUCCCGUGGUGAAACAAUCGAGCACGACGACAAAGGUUCGAGUUGUGUUCGAUGGCUCAGCGAAAACUAGCACCGGACAUUCUCUCAACGAUGCGCUGCUAGUUGGGCCAGUUGUUCAGGACGACAUUCUGGACAUUCAUCUUCGUUUUCGGAUGGUCAAGAUCGCAGUAGUGGCGGAUGCGGAGAAGAUGUACCGGCAGGUAUUGAUGCACCAUACAGAUCGGCCAUUGCAGAAGAUUCUGUGGCCACCCAGUAGCAGCGGAACCGUUCAAGCUUAUGAGCUGUGCACCGUUACGUAUGGACUCGCGCCGUCUUCGUUUCUAGCCACGAGAACUCUGUUGCAGUUAGCUGAAGAUCAUGGAAGUGAAUAUCCGAAGGCAAGUAAGGCACUGAGGAAGAAUGUCUACGUGGACGACUUCAUUACCGGUGACAACACAAUCGAUGGCGCAAUCCAAUUGCGCACGGAGUUAAUGCAGCUUCUGCAGAAGGGUGGUUUUCUUUUGCGGAAGUGGUGCUCGAAUUCGCUGCAGGUCUUGGAUGGUCUUCCUCCAGAGCUUCUCGGCACUCAAUCUUCCAUCAAAUUUGGCCCCGAAGAGACCAUCAAAACCCUCGGCAUCAGUUGGGAACCUAAAGCAGACGUUUUCAAGUUCGACACGUCAAUCAUCGUCAACAACCAAACGCCUACGAAGCGCAACAUUCUUUCGACCAUCGCUCAACUCUUCGACCCUCUCGGAAUCAUUUCUCCCGUCGUUGUUCAAGCGAAAAUCCUCAUGCAGCAUCUGUGGCUACUGGCACUGGAGUGGGAUGCCGAAGUUCCUCCAGAAAUCCGUCAGCAGUGGGUUCGAUUCGCCGAGCAGCUACCUCAGCUUGCUAACUUUCGUAUCGACAGGUACGCUCUCGUACCCAAGUAUCGACGCAUAGAGCUGCACUGCUUUGCAGAUGCUUCAAAAGCAGCAUACGGGGCUUGCAUUUACGUCCGUUCUGAAUCAUCAGAUGGCAGUGUGAAGAUAAGCUUGUUAGCAUCCAAGUCCAAGGUCGCACCACUGAAACCGCUCAGCAUUCCGAGACUGGAGCUGUGUGCGGCACUCAUCGCUUCCCGACUAUAUGACAGAAUUUCGAAGGCGUUGGACAUAAACUUCUCUGUUGUAGUUUUUUGGUCCGACUCUACAGUGGUAUUGCAAUGGAUGAAAUCUCCCCCACGAUCCUGGAAAACCUUCGUUGCAAACCGUAUUUCCGAAAUUCAAUCCACUACUCACGGCUCGGAAUGGUUACACGUAGCUGGAAAGGAUAACCCCGCAGAUCUCGUUUCCCGAGGGAUGUCAGCUGAAGAAUUGGUCGCAAACAACUUGUGGAAGUAUGGUCCAACCUGGCUGCAAGAGGAUAUAUCACGGUGGCCGGUUCAACUUACGCAGGAAGACCAGUUACCCUCCGAGGAGAUGGAAGCAAACCCGAACGUGAUACUUACAACCCAGACGCUUAAGCCAACUUCAUUGUUCGAGAGAUUUUCAUCGUACCCGCUUCUGCUUGGUGCAGUUGCAUACUGUUUCCGGUUCUACAACAACACUCGCCGUAAUAAGGAGCACCGGAAGUCCAGCAGCGUCCUGUCCGCCGCUGAAUUACAGCACUCCAAAUUAGCUCUCGUGAAGCUAGUUCAAGCUGAAACGUUCCCUGAAGAUUUGAAGCAGCUGAAGAAAAGGCAAAUGGUAUCAGGAAAGUCCUCUCUUCGUCUGCUGAACCCCUUCCUCGAUUCCGAUGGUUUGAUCCGCGUUGGUGGCCGGUUGCGCUUAUCCGAUGCACCAUAUGACGUGAAACAUCAGAUCGUUAUUCCCGGAUUUCAUCCCUUUUCACAACUUCUUCUGAAGCAUCAGCAUCGUAAACUCGUGCACGGUGGAAUUACGCUGACUCUCGCUGUCGUCCGUGACGAGUUCUGGCCACUGAAUGGCCGAAAAUCAGUACGUAGUGCCAUUCGUAAAUGCUACGAGUGCAGCAGAUCGAACCCGCAACCCAUCCAGCAACCGAUUGGCCAGUUGCCCGUUGCAAGAGUGACCGCCAAUGAAGCUUUCGUUUGCACAGGCGUUGAUUAUUGUGGUCCAAUCUUCCUCAAGCCGAUCCACCGUAGAGCCGCCUCCCGCAAAUCCUACAUCUGUGUCUUCGUGUGUUUGAGCACGAAGGCGGUUCACCUGGAACUGGUGAGCGACCUUAGCACGGCCGCUUUCCUGAUGGCCUUAGAUCGUUUCGUGUGGAGGAGAAAUAAGCCACAGCAUCUGUACUCCGACAACGGCACGAACUUCAUCGGUGCGAAGAAUGCUUUGCACGAACUCUAUGCCAUGCUUCAACCCGGACCAGACAACGACAAGAUCUCCAAGCACCUCGCUGAAGACAGCAUCCAAUGGCAUCUGAUCCCUCCUCGAGCUCCCAACUUUGGUGGCCUCUGGGAAGCCGCGGUGAAGGUAGCCAAGACCCACCUGGUGCGUCAACUCGGUUCUUCACUACUUUCUAUCGAAGAGUUCUCCACGGUACUGACUAAAAUCGAAGGGUGCAUGAAUUCCCGUCCUCUGCUCCCACUUUCGAGCGAUCCAAACGAUUUUGCUGCGCUCACCCCGGCGCAUUUCCUAGUGAAGAACAUGAUUCGUCCCAUUCCCGAAGCCGACGUCCGUGAUGUACCGUUCAACCGUCUCAAUCAGUACCAAAAGCUCCAGAAGUACGCUCAAACUUUCUGGCAUCGCUGGCGCAAUGAGUACCUGAAAGAGCUGAACCUGCAGUAUAAUGCCAACCCGAAGCGCUACCAAAUCAAUGUAGGAGACAUCGUCAUCGUGAAGGAUGAAUCCUUGCCGCCAGCCCGGUGGCCUUUGGCCCGCAUAACCGAACUGCAUACUGGACUCGAUGGCGUCACCCGAGUCGUAACCGUUCGCACCCCCACGGGAAUCUUCAAGCGAGCUGUGUGCAAGAUUUGCCCAUUAGAGUGUUCUACGGAAUAA